CACUUCUCCCCCGCCCCCCUUUUCUCUCUCUCCAAGACUUUAAAAAUUCUCUCGCUCUCUCUCUCUCUCUGGUUUUUCCCUUGCUUUAUUGCUUUGUAGUCAUUUUCUUUUCCCAGAAAGGUUCUUGCUGUGGAAUUCAUGUCGGACAAGGGUCAGCCACUGCCAAAAUUUGGUGAAUGGGAUGUCAACGAUCCUGCUUCAGCUGAGGGAUUUACUGUGAUUUUUAAUAAGGCUAGGGAUGAAAAGAAGACAGGUGGCAAACCAGAGUCACCAGGGAACGUUGAUUCUCAAAAGCCUGGAGUGGAUGCUGGCAAGCCUCAGGCUAAAAGAUGGUUUUGCUGCAUUCAGGACCCACCUACACACUCCUGAUAAGGUUCUUUCUUUGUAAGAGUUAAACAUAAGAGCAUGUUUUCUGUAACUAGCUCCACCAUAUUGCCCAAAGAAGAUGGGAGCUGUAGAGCCAUGAUGGGCCCUGUUCGAAUUUAGUGUGUGUGCUGUUAAACGAUUUGUGGUGAGGAAAUAGGUAAAGAAGACAAACGCUUAUUGUGUUUAUAUGUAUUGAUGUUGUGGUUUAUUUAUUAGAAGGCGAGCUAUUUCAUUUU